ACGCAUUUGCUUGUGUUGAAUGCUUGUCAUGCGCUUUAGAUGUAAACUCAACUGUUGUCUCAAGCAAACCAAGUCAUGUUCUUCUUUUAAAAUACAAGAAACUAAUUCUUAAAAAAAUAGCUCAUGCAUUCUCAGACUCUCAACUUUGUACAAAUAUAUUUGAUUAGCCUCUUUCACCGCCUGCUGUUUAGUCGCAUGCUUGUUAGGAAAAUCACAUAUCGGGGUUCUGUAUCUUCCAGUGUUUACUCAAAAUACAGCACGAUGCCUAAAAAGAACAAAACGGGAAAAAGCAACCCUCAAAUCCAAGAGACACCUCCCGGACCAGUUAAAAAAGUCAAAGACGGUGAAAUUGCAAUCGCAAUACAUGCCAAACCCGGUGCCAAACAAAAUGCAAUCACAGAUGUCUCAAGUGAGGCGGUGGGGGUCGCCAUAGCCGCACCACCGAAAGACGGAGAAGCCAACGCGGAGCUCCUGCGCUAUUUAUCCAAAGUCCUGGAGUUGAGGAAGAGUGAAAUAUCUUUAGAUAAGGGCUCAAAAUCCAGAGAAAAAAUGAUCAAGGUAACAGCAAGUGUCAGUCAAGAGGACAUUUUGGAGAAACUGAGAAGGGAGCCGGGGCAGGUGGCAGCAGUUGUCAUGGAGAUAACUGCGGGCCCGGCGUCUGUUCGAGGGGCUGUUUCCAUGGAGAUCCCACCCCGGGGUGCGCUCGCAGCGGUGGAGGAGGACGAGGACCGCGAGCUUCAGCACCCCGGCCAGCUCCGCCGCCUCGGCCCGACCUCCAGACAGGGAAACUUUUACAUGCUGAUCGUGAUCGGAGAGAUCGCGACAGAGCACCAGCUACAGACCGCCAGACAACAUAUAGAGCGCGGUAUCCGCUCCUGGGACAUCAGUCUAUCGGAAUGUGACCUGGACCAACAAUUGCAGCUUUUCAUAACCAGACAUUCUGCCCAGUUCUCUGCUGAGGUCAGAGGGCAAAGGACUCUGCACCACAAAAGUGAUGUUCUUGAGACGGUUGUGUUGGUAAACCCAUCACAAGAUUCUGUUGUAUCGGAGAUCCAUUCUCUUGUGUCUGACCAAGCUGUGCACAAGCUACUGGUCCUGAGUGGGCAGAGCUUGGACCAAGGUGACCUGGUUCUACAAACAGGAGUCUUCAGUCAUCAAACCUUCUCACGUGUGUUUGAUGAUCCUGGGGUCAGUACUCUUCUGGAUAAAGCCAACCCCGGAGAGCAGCCUACACUGACCGUAUCUUGUCGUGGUGAGGCAGGCUGGAGUUCUCUAGGCCAACAGCAACAUAUUAGGGAGUUGCUGAUCUAUAAGCUGAAUCCGGAGCCCAUACUUCCUAAGAUGGAGGGGGUCACCGAGUUCACAGAGUACAUAUCUGAGACUGUGGAUGUACCGUCCCCAUUUGACCUUCUUGAGCCUCCCACCUCUGGAGGAUUCCUAAAGCUCUCAAAGCCUUGCUGCUACAUCUUUCCUGGUGAAAGAGGGGAUUCAGCCCUCUUUGCUGUCAAUGGUUUUAACAUUCUGAUCGAUGGCGGCUCUGACAGAAGGUCAUGCUUCUGGAAGCUUGUCAGACAUUUAGAUCGUAUUGAUUCUAUUCUUCUUACACAUAUCGGUGCUGAUAACCUUCCCGGGAUCAAUGGACUCCUUCAGAGGAAGGUUGCAGAGCAGGAGGAGGAGCAGUCUCAAGGCUCCACCACAUACAGCGACUGGAUGAAGAACCUCAUCUCUCCAGAACUUGGAGUCGUAUUCUUCAAUGUGCCAGAGAAGCUUCGCACAUCAGAAUCGAAUUUGAAAGUCAAGCGGAGCAUUGAGGAAGCCUCUCUUACGUUGCAAUACCUCAACAAGCUGGGAAUCAAACCAGAGCCUUUAUCUCGAGCGGUUAGUAAUACGAUAGAGCCCAUUACUCUUUUUCACAAAAUGGGUGUGGGCAGGUUGGACAUGUUCGUCCUGAACCCUGUGAAGGACAGUAAGGAAAUGCAGUUCCUUAUGCAGAAAUGGGCAGGUAACAGCAAGGCUAAGACAGGAAUAGUGCUUCCCAAUGGAAAAGAGGGAGAAAUAUCCGUACCUUAUUUAACUUCUAUCACUGCUCUUGUAGUGUGGCUCCCUGCUAACCCAACAGAGAAAAUCGUAAGGGUUCUUUUUCCCGGAAAUGCACCACAGAACAAAAUACUUGAAGGGCUUGAAAAGUUGAAGCACCUUGACUUUCUGCGUUAUCCGGUCGCUACACAAAAAGACAUAUCUUCUGGACUCUCACCAACAGCUGUGAAGCAAACAAAGUUGAAGCAAAGAACUGAGAGCAAAGAAAGUCUUAAAUCAUCUCCUAAGACUCAUGCACCAAUGAAGCCUUCUAUGAAAGAAACCGACGAACACGAGGAUGUAUCUUUCAUCGAAACAAAGAGCGACUCUGUCAAGGAGAACAAGAUUGAGAAAAAAGGUGAAAAGAAACACACUAAACCACUGAAACCGAAAGGCGAAGUUGCAGAGAAGAAAAAACUACUGAAGGAGAAAUCACUGAAAAAACACCCAAAAGAAAGAGUGUCCAAAAUGGAUGAAAAGAAAGACAAGGAAAAGAGAGAGGUAAAGAAAGAAAAACGUGACAUUAAAAAAGAUGACGGAAUGAAAAAAGAUGAGAAAAAGAUUAAAUCCAAGGACACGUCAAAACCCGAACUGAGGAAAAUAACUAAACCUGACCUGAAACCCUUCACACCUGAGGUCAAGAAAACGCUCCACAAAGCUAAAACCCAAGUCAAAUGCAAAACGAUAAAAAGCAAACCCAAAACUACCAAAGUUGAGAGUGCAGGGACUGUAGCCGAACCAGUGGCCAAGAAGAUCGAGCCUGAGGUACAAGAGAACAGAACAGAAGUCGUAUCUGCUCACUCUACAGAAGAUUUAACUAAGGACAUUGAUGAUUUGAGAUCCACUGAACAAACAGAACAUUUUGAAGCUCCUAAAAGUGCCCUUACGAUCUCAGAAUUAGCAGCUGAAGAAACAGAAAGUCCCAAGGCUGUAGACGAGAAAGAGCAGGAUAAUGUCCCCCAAACUUCAACAACAGAGCAAACAGAAAUCAAAGAAGCUGUACCUUCAGAAGUGCAAGAACAACAGCAUGAGCCCCAGGCGCCAGAAUUAGAGAAAUUUGAGGAUGAGGGUGCAGCUAUUGAAGAUGAAGAUGAGGAAGAGGUUGAAAUACAAACUAUUAAAAAGACGAAAGAUGAUGAGGAGGAGGAAGACAUGGGUAUAGGAGAUGAAGAGGAUGAAGGGGCAGUGAAGGAAACCAAAGACUUCGAAGGAAUGGACAGAAAGCAUGAAGUUGAGGAAAUGGAGAAGCAAAAACAGUGGGAGGAAGGAAAGACCAAAGCUGAGGAGGAGAUGUUUGAAGAUGAAGUGAUUGAAAAAGCUGAGCUAGAGGAAGCUGAAGAUUUGGAUGCCAUUGCAGAUGAAGAAAUAAAAGAUUUCCCUGCUGAGAAAUUAAAGGAUGCUGAGGUCAAAGAAGAAUAUGAUGAAUACUUGUCAAACGUUGAAGGUAUCACGUCAACUGCUCAAGGAGCUGCUGCAGCAGAGCACCUAUCAUAUAUCCAGGAUGAAACCAUUCCAGGUUAUCCAGAGACUGAGCAGACCAUCUCAGAUGAGGAGAUUCAUGAAGAAUCAGAAGACAGGAUACCACACCUCCAAUAUGAUGUUGGUAGCUAUGACGUCUCGGUCCCAGACCAACCAGGCUCCUUUGAUGAUAUCCACGGAGUGAGAGAAAUACAAGCAACUGCAAUGGGCAAUGAAACAGGCAAAGCACAGGAGCCAGCUAUUUCCAUCUACACCAGCAUUCUCGCAGCUCCAUUAGCUGAAGAGGAACAUGUUUCAUCGGCAACGUCCAUAACGGAAUAUGACAAGCUGUCCUCUUUACCCACUUCUGUUGCAGAAGAUCAGUCAGUAGCAUCAAUCACAGCUCCUCAGACCGAAGACACUGGAAAAAGUUCUCUGCUCUUAGACACCGUAAACAGCGUACAGCCCGUUGCUCACAACGAGGCCACCCAGGGGAAAGACUAUGUACAUUCAGCUGGAACCAUCUCACCAACAUCUUCCCUAGAGGAGGACAAGUGCUUCAAAUCAUCUCCUUUUGAUGAAUCUCCCCCACUUCCCUUAGAAGGUAAAACAGAGGGAAUUGAGAUGGCAGCCCAUUAUGAUGACGAAGAGGAGGAUGAGUAUGAAGAUCAAACGCCAAAUGUUGACAUUUCACUCGGAAAGUUACAAGAAGGAUAUGCCUCGCCUGAUAAACUUGACAACGAGAAAGAAAUAGACAAACCUAAAAGUCCAGUGCCUUUAGUUUCAGAUACUUCAGUUGAGAAAAAAUCCUCGCCUUCUGAGAUGGAGAUGAGGUCAGUUUCGCCUACUAAGGAGGAGUCAUCUUUUGAAAAACAAACCACUCUCUUUUCCCCGUCGCAUAGUGUUUCUAAGCUUCCAGUUUCUGAAUCCAGCAUUUAUCCAGAGGUGGAAGACCGCUGCGUUAGUCCUGAUGACAGCACUGUUAAAAUGGCUUCUCCCACACAUUUUGGACCACCUAGCACAUCUCACUCACCUCUCAGAAUGUCACCUGUGGAAGGGAAGGAUAAACUCUUUAAAGAGUCCCAUCAGGAAAUAAAAGAGCCAGUUAGCUCCACAGAAGUUAAACUUGAAAAGGACAGUGAAAAACAAAAACCUGAUGUGUUAGACAAGAAGGAAAUACCUCAAGGAGAAGAGGAAGGAAAGAAAAGCACUCAGGAAGCUGAAGUGUCAACAUCUGCACUCCUUCGCUUUGGGGAAAAUGUUGAGAGCUUUUCUGCUGUCAACGAAAGUGUAACAGUUUUACCAUCAAGAGAAACAAGUGGAGGUGAAGUAAUGCCUCAUCCAAGUGCUGAAAACAAGGACAGAAUUGAAGAGGACCUAAAAGAAAGCACCAAGGCUGUGGUCCUAGAGAAAAAAGAAGGCAAGUUAUCUGAGGAAGCUCAUGAUAUAAAUUCAUCCACAGAAAAAGAAGAAAAAAGAGAAAAGGAGAAAGAAAAGUGUGAGGAUGAGAGAGAUGUUGAAGAGAAGCACAAAGAGAAAGAACACACACUAACACAUGCAGAGGUUACAAAACAUGAUGAUGUUACAUCAGGACCAGAGAAAAUAGCAUUACCUUCUAAAGACGAUUUUGAUGAAAAACCAAUACAAGAGGAGUUGCAAGAUGAGAGUUCUCCAACAAUUCUGGAAAGAUCUGAAAUGGAGAAACAGGAGAAACAAAUUCAGGAAAUUGAACGAGAGAAAGCCGAACUAUCUUCCAAAUUGCAUCAAGAAUCUAAAGAGAAAGAUCUGACUGAUUCAUCUUAUCACUCCCAAGAAACAAGUUUAGACAUCCAAGUAGAAACAUCAACAUGCCACGAAUCAACUGAAAAAUAUAUAUGUGCAAAACAAGACACAGUAGAGUCAGAUAAAACAGCUAAACUGGAAAAGACAUCUGUGCUGACAUCAGAGUCAAUUGAAGUUAAACCAGAACAAGUCAUUUCAGGGGAAAGUGUUUCAUCGGUCUGUAAAAUAGACCAGACUAAGGACCUCAAAUCUCAACUACAGCAAUUAACUGAAGGAACAGAUGUUACCUUAAAAGAUGAUGAAAAAGCAGAAAGCAACGUCGAGACUUGCUUGACAUCUGAGAAAAUCAUUUCAGCUGCUAAAGAACACGAAGAAUCUAAGGAUAAAAGCACAGAGGAAAUAACAUCUAAAACACAAGAGCAAAUCUCAAAACCAGAUUCUCAAUAUCUACAUGUGCAUGUGCAAGAGAGCCAGCCUUUUACAGAGAAAAAGGAUUUGUCUGGUAAAGAUGAUGAAGAAACAAAAGAGAUCCCAACACAAGAGAAGGACUCUCAUAUAUUAGGGGUACCUCAAUGUGAAACUGAAAUUGAUGAAGGACGAAAGGAGAAGUUUAUGGAAGAAACACAAACUAUGGGUGUAGAAAAAAUAGACCAGAAAGCAGAAUAUGAAUUUGUAGAGGGCCAAACACAAAUUUCCCAGUCUGUAGUUUUACACGACACACAUGCAGAUGCUAAAACUAGCCAAGAAAAAGAGAAAAAUAAAGAAGACACCAAAUCAAUAAUAUCAAUUUCUGAUAAAACUGAUUCCACACCAAAACACCAUGAAAUUAAAGAUGAGCAGGCAGACUUGAAAGAAGGUCAAGUCCUGCUGCCCGUCUCUAAGAAAUUAAGUUCUUUUGAUAAAGAGGAUCAAGACAAAAGACAAGAAAAAGAGGUAGAGGAGAGCAUGGUAGUGACAGAUAGCACCAAACUAACUACCAAACCUGAUGAAGAAUCUACAGAACAUCAAGCUUUUGGAACAACAGAUAUGUUUACUACUUCUAAAUCUGAAUAUGACUCUAAAAUGGAGAGCCAACCCCAGACAAUAACAUCAAAGAAGGACGAUUCACAAGCUAAAGAAGAUGAAAUAAGUAAAGGCUUAGUUGUCAAAUCUGAACAACCAGUUAUGUUUGAAGACAUACCAUCAAAAGCAAAUGAAUUUAAAGAUAAGUGUGUGGAAGACAGUCAGAUCUCUAUAGAUCCAACAGCAUCUAAGAAAACAGAUUCUGCUGCUAAACAAGAUGAGCUGUAUGAAGACAAACAUAUUGAAGAGACUGUUGCUAAAAGACCAGAAUCAAGUAUAGUGACAGAUGUGGCUGCUGACACAAAGCAAGAAGUUAAAACCACACCUCCGGAAGAAGAAAAGGUUCAGGAAAUCCAAUCAAAAUCAGAUAAAAUUGUGGAUUCAAAGUCAGAACAUGAUUCUGUGGACAAACCGAUCAAAAAAGAUGAGAUAUCAGAACAACAUCGUCCUGCUGAACAAGACAAAGUUAGCAAAGAGUUUGAGAAGAAAUUAUUAAAAGAAGAUGCAUCAAAAUUUUUGUCAGAUGAAUUAGAGGUUAAAGCCAAGGUGGAACAGGGAGCUGAAAGUAAAUCUCUUCCAGAAUCAUCAGGAACGAAGUUUGAGGCCUCAGAUCUGAGCUGUAAAGAGCAAGUCAAAUUGAAAGAUGAACCCCAAAAGGAUAUGAAGCAGUAUACAUCAUUACAUGAAACAGAUACUUUACCAUCAUCAGACAUUGGAUUCAAAUUAAAUUUAGAUUAUAAGGAAAAAUGCCUUGAAGAGAUUGCACAAGAACCCUUGACUGUAGACAAAACAAAAGACUGCAUGAAGUCAACUUAUGAAACUACAUUUCCAACAAAAUUUUCAGAUGAAGAUGAAAGUACAGAGGAGGAUGAAGGAGAUGCUGUUUGUAUGGGAGGAGCUGGGUCAAGACCAUUAUCAGUAGAACCCUGGAAGUCUGAGGUGCCAAAAGCUAGCAGUUCUGCACAACCUUUCACAUCUGAUACGAGUAUGAAAAAAGAGGAAAUUUUAGGAGAAAAAGAGUUUGCUAGAGAUUCAGGUGAAACAUCGCCAGAACUAGAGAAAGAAUGUAGAGUGGAUACCACCUCACCAACUCUUGCUCCUGCAGAUAAAAGCAGUAAAUCUGUAACAGAGAUUUCAAGUGAGAGCAAAGCAAUGAGCAUCAAACUGUCCUCUGGUAAUGAGUCAAGUGUUGAGGAUACUAAACAUGAAACAUCGCUCUCUUCAAAAGAGACUGCAAAACCCGAGAAGGAGGCUGAGCGGGAAAGGGAAGGAGAACGUGAGGUUGCCUCUCCAGGGUUUGAACCACAUUCAGAUUUUCAAAAAACUGCCAGUGUUGAUGAAAAAUGUGCUGAGAAGACUGACACUGAUAAAAUGGAAUCCAAAAAGGAAAAGGAUGACAAGAUGACUUAUGAAGUGGAAAAAGAAAGCUACGAGGCUUCUAAAUACGAACCGUAUGAAAAGCCGAUCUCAAAAGACACUGAGAUAGAAAAAGUGGAAGAGGUUCAGCAUUGUAGUCUGGAUAUAGAUUUCGAUGACAAUAGAAUAGCAAGUCAGUCCCAUUUGCUUGGAGCUGCAUGCCCGGUAGAAGAACAAAGUGAUGAGGAACCAGUUUCUUUCAGUAAGGUUGAUUAUCAGACUUCAUUUACAGAGACUAGGACAAGUAUUCACAGCAGCCACAGUGCCUACUCAGAGCAUGAUAAUAAGGAACUAUACCAAGAGGAACAAUCGAUUGGGGAAGAGAGACAAGAUACAGUUUAUGUGGACAAUAGUUUGAGAUACGCAGAAACUUAUGACACCUCUUCUGCUGUAGGGUCGAGGUCAUUUGCCUCAAGCGAUUUGCAAGACAAAUCAGAAAAGUUGGAAAGAGAGGAGAAAGAGAAGGAGAAAGAGAUCAAAGAGGACACACAAGGAGAAGAUGAAGGUCAUGCUAAAUUGUCACAAGAAUCUUGUACAUCCUCUAGUGUGACACAAUCUGAGAUGUCAGACCAUAAAACACAUAAGACAUUGGCAAUACCUAAAUCAGAUGACUUGGACAAGACCACAACUUCUGUUGAAAGUCAUGUAACAGAGGCUUCCCCUCAACAAGGAAUUCUCUCACCAUUAGAAGAUAAGUCAAGUUGUCAGGGCCCAACAGCAUCCUCAGCUUCCACCUACAGUGAGACCAAAACACAGAGUCAAAUCUCUAAACGUGAAGCUAGUAAAGAUAAAAACAAAUUUGAUUCAGAUGAAUACAAAGAGGAACCGUUUGGUUCUGGUCGGUACUCACCACCUGAGAAAGAAAUACCCCCUGCCAGGUUAUUGCAUGAAGAAGCAGAAUCUAGUGCUGCCACUCCUAGUGUUUCAGGACAAUCGAUGACAGUUGAUGACAAUGUUCUUUCAUUUGAGCGCACUAGCAAAACCGAUUCCCUUACAAGCAAGUCAUUGAUUGUGAGUGGGGAGGCAGAGGAAUGCUUGGUCAGAAGCCAGAAAAUACUUGCAGAAGAGGAAGAGUAUGAGGAUGAUGAAGAAGAGGAUGCGAGUGACUUGGAUAUUGAAAAGGGUGCAAGAGAGAUCUCUGAGAAAGAGUCCAAGGCAGCAUCUGAUGUCAGUGCUACAUCUAAAUCACCUGAGGUUAAUAAAGAGAAGACAACAGAAAAAGAAGAAACAACUGAUGCUGUUGAAGCUGGAGCAGCUCAACAGGCGAGCACUGUUGGCCCAUCAUCUACAGAAACAACUAAGGCACAAACAACAGAGCCUUCAUUAGGACAAGAAGAUCAACAGGAUGUAUGCAGCAAAGAUGCUGAAGAAUCAAAGAAAAAAGACACUAUUUUGGCUCAAACUGAUAUACCAAAGACCAGCGAUGACAAACAUGAACCACAGAAAGCUUCAGAUCAAAAGCCUGAAGGGUCUGAAUCCCUAGCCGCUGCUCAGACAGCCAUGUCUGAUCCAACUUACUCUUCCUCAUCAUCAUUCAGUUACUCUUCUUCAACGUCUGCCUCAUAUUCGACUGGUCAACACCUUGGAGAAGGGGCAGACACCCCAGUUACUAUUCCCAGUGCCCAAAUGAGGUCAGAUGGAGACAGUAUAUCAUACGAGUACUCAUCACUGAAAGAGGAAGAAUCGCCAAUCAUGGAUUUACCAUAUUUAAGUACUGGGGUACAUUUAAAAGAUGAAUGCAUGGAUGUUUCUGACAGAUUUAUACCUGCUGCAGCAACCAGGUUUUCUCCCCUCAGUCCUUUAGAAGAAUCCAAAUCCUUUCUUCAAGAUCAAACAUCAUCAGCUGAGGAGAAGUCAGAGGAAGAGAUGUCCAGUCUUAAAUCUGACAGGGAACAUCUUUCUAAAUCUAAACAUGUAUCUGUAACAGAAACACACAGCUCAAAACUGUCAGAUUCAGCAGCGUCCAAGUCAGCACAACCAACUGAGAUUGCAUCUGAUACAUCUCACAUGUUUAAUAUUUCACCUUUGCAGAAAGCUGACUCUGCUGACAAACACUCCAAGGAAAAGCCUUCUGAUGAUGAGCCUGAAGAGAACAAAAGUGAUUUUGAGGAGGGAACUUUACCUUGCAGAAUUGAGUGUGACAGAUCUUUAACACCUGAUCAAAAAACAAGCAAAGUAUCAUUAACAGAGCAACACACUGAUGUGAAAACCUCAACAGCAAAACUUGAUCCACACACAACAGAUGGAGCCACAGAAGCUAUGAGCUCUCAAAAGGUUCCAUCCACGGCAUGUGAAAUACUCAGUACCAGCAUAGUGACUGAAGGUGUAAAGCAAGAGGGGGAAAUUAAGACGUCGGGGGAAAUGAAAGCCCAGACUGAGAAAACACAGGAGACGGCAGAGUUAAAAGAAGCGAAAGUGAGCAAGACGGAAUAUGAAGAGAAAAAUGAGAUGGAUGAAAAAGAAGUAAAACCCAAAGCAACAGAGGAAGAAAAGACAAAACAUGAAGAGAAGGUUGAAAUGAGCUCGGAAAAGACGGAAGAGAUUCUAGAUGACGGCAAGAAAGAAAAGUCAGAGCAGAAGAUGGAGAGUGAAAGAAAAGCUGAAGUCCUGUCAGAAGAACCAAAAGAAAAGACACAGAUGGAAAAGAUUGUGGAAAAGGAGGAAUCAAAAACUAAAUCAGAUGAAAAUAAGGAACAAAUAAAGGUGAAGAUGGAAAAAGACAGCAAGAAAACAGAUACAGUUGAGGCUAGCCAGCUUAGUACCCUUCCAUCUGCAAUGCAGCAUGAGGAUGUAAUAUAUAUAAAGGCUCCACCUGGCUAUGGGGAAGAUGUUUAUGAAGGUAUGAAGGAGGAAGACGACGAGGUAAUAAAACAUGGCUCAAUAGAACAUCAAUCAACUCCACCUUUGGCUCAGUCAUCAGGAGACCAGGCCUGUUACCCCGAGGUCUCCAAAAACUCAGACGAGGGACCCACUCCACCCUCUGACCUCUGCAUGGAAGCCACAUCCUCUCAUUCACCUUCACUCUUCAAACACCGUAAAGGAGACAUCUCUCCAUCCUUUAUUAACCCAAGCCCACAUGAACUGUCCAGCGAGGAGGGAGAAGAAGAUGCCAGAAGCGAUCGCUCAAGGGAGGAUGAUGGUGAUGAGCAUGGGCAGCACUCCAUCAAGAGGAGAUCUCAUAAGCAGCAACAUCGUCAUUCCCAAAGUCACCAUGAAGACGCCAAGGAAGCUUCACACAGCCUUCCAGGUGGUACCGCGAGUGGCAUUCUGUUAGCUGGGGAAGAAACUCCCCCUACAUCUUUGAGUGAGUCGAUCCCAUCUCAGUCUGACUCAGACGUUCCUCCAGAGACUGAAGAAUGUCCAUCAAUUACAGCAGAAGGAAAUCUCGACUCUGAUGAAGAUGCAGAGCAUCUGCCAGUAGACAAGAUGUCUGCUGCUGGUAGCAGUGGAGGAAGCCAUCAUUCCUCCUCCCCAAGGAGUCACGAUCCCCCACCCAUCCCAAUGAAAGACCCUCUUCCCCACCCACCUCACCCUGACGUGUGCAUGGUCGACCCGGAUGCGCUUCUCAAUGGUCAGACGCACACAGAACGACCAGUGAAGAAAGACCUUAAAACCGGUAGAGGCUUGAGAAAGACGCUUGGGAAAUCGGCAUCACCUGCACGUAAAGGAGAUACGAAAAGCAGAAGAUCUACCACCCCUGUGAAGCACACAUCCAAAGACUCUUCGCCUCACAUUCCUUCUCUUAAAAGAAAAGAUUCAGACAGAGCAUUUCGUUUGUCCAAGAUGGCCGAAACACAGGGAUCAAGGGGAGAUGUGUUUAACUCCGCAAAAGGAUUAGUCAAUGGAGUUAAGAGUAAUGCAGGUUCUAACCAGAAGUCGAGCACUGGAACUUCACCGGUAUACGUUGACCUAGCUUACAUUCCCAAUCACUGCAGUGCUAAAAAUGUCGAUCAAGAGUUUUUCAAGAAGGUGCGUGCCGCAUACUACGUCAUUAGUGGAAAUGACCCGGGUAGUGGUGAACCCAGCCGUUCUGUUCUGGAUGCACUGCUAGAGGGCAAAGCACAGUGGGGCACUAACCUUCAGGUGACUUUAAUUCCGACCCAUGACACAGAGGUAACUCGGGACUGGUAUCAGCAGACCCAUGAAAAACAACAGGAUCUGAAUAUAAUGGUCUUGGCCAGCAGCAGCACAGUGGUCAUGCAGGAUGAAUCUUUCCCGGCCUGCAAAAUAGAAUUUUGAGAUAGUUUUCCAUUUAGAGUUUACCAUUCAUUUCUUAUACAUUUCUAAUCUUUUAGACUUAGGUUACUUCAACUCUCAGCUUUCCAUCAGCUAUACCAUUUACUAUAGUUUGUACUCUAAUCCUGAAAGGCAACAAAAUCCCAGUGCUGUCAAAAUACUUCUUAUGAGCUUUGUUAAUGAUUUAAGCUGUUGUAAUUUCAUUUCUGAUCGCAUCUGCAAUGCUUUGGCAGAAAAUUGAAUGUUCACUAGAUAGCGGCUAUGAAAAUAUACAUAUAAUGUUCAUAGGCUGACGUUGAUCUGUGUAUCUGCAUUGCAAAUUGAGCUUGCUAAUGUUCUCAACAUGAUAACAUAAAGUGACCAAAAAUUUGACCUCUAAUGCACAAUACUGUCUGUAAAACAAUAUAAGGACAUCCAAGAUUACAUAGUUAAAUGUUCACUUUUAAAUCGAAUACCAGCAAAUGCAGAGAAGAAAGUCCGUACACUAAAUUGCUAAUCCAAAGGGGAUCAGUGCCAAAUUAUUUACCCCAGUUAUCUCAAAAUCUGUGAAAAAGUGCAUGAGAUUCAUUAACAACUAGUUAAAUUUAAGUCAAAUAACCUGGUCUCAAUAUAGUGAUAGCCCUGUAUGAAAGAUUGUGCUUGAAGAAUCUUAAUCUACUAUCUCGUCAUGAACUGCAGCUGACUAGGAUAGUGAACAGUAUUUGAUAUUACAAUCAUUUUACUCUAAAGCGUGAUGCUUCUCUAGUUCAGACUGGGUACAAUAACAGUUGUUCUGUUAUUUAAAGACUGUACAUUGUCCACCUGUCUCUUUAACAACUUAGACUAAAAACAAGAGCAACAUGCAUGCACAUCAAUGAAGUAGACUGCCAUUACAGUCAAUUACACUGUUCUGUUGCUUGAGUGAGAGUUGAAUGUUGAGUGAAAUGUGAAUGGCCCUCAAUAAUGUUAUAAAUAUUCAAGACUUAUUGUUUUAGAACCUAAAUCUUAGAUUCCCUCAGUCCACAAGCACUUUAGGUUGUAUAGUCUGUUUAGUGAUUGAAAUUACACUGUGUUGUGGAGAGAGUAAAAAAGGUUUCAGUGGUUACUGUGAGAGCAGACAGUGAGGUUUCUCUCAUGUGCCUUUUGCAAGGACCAUUAAGAAACAAGACUGUUGUUUGACUAGGAAAUUGCUGGCUUACGCAUUCAAAACAUUGCAUCUUUAUAGAAUAACAAUUAUUUAUUUUGGAAUUGGAAAGCCUUAUAACUCAUUUAGGUUUGUGCUAAUAAACGUCAGAUGUUUAUAAUUAUAGCAUCAUGUUGCACCAAGUAUGAUUGCACUUUUAUCUAAUGAAGAAGUGGGUUUGGUAGGUAGGUAGCAUCUAAAUAAUGUAACGCAUUCAUUUAUUUUUAAAAGCAAAUAUAAACCUUUUAAUCAAAAAAGAGGGGACGUUGGAUAUUUUUUUAUCUGACAGUAGACUGAAUGAAAAACUACUUUAGCUAGUUAGUAUCUAUUGAAUUAAAUGUUAUUGAUUACAAAAACUCAAAUACCAAAAUAGGACAGUGUAUUUUAAGAGACAGUUUUUGUUGCUAACAUUAAUUGGAAUUUUUGUGGAGCCCCAGUUUUACCUCUUUAAAAAUUUCUUGCGGGACUUCCUAUUAUUUCCUUAAAUAUACUACAGUACAUUUAGGGUGAAACAGUGGCUCUACGUGUUUGACUGCAUUGUGGGCAGUAUUUCACUAGUACUGAAUUAUCUUGGUCUCCGUUACUUAAAACAACACAUUUAGGCCCCACUGGCAAAUGUAUAUUUUUGUUAAUUUAAAAGUAGCCUUGAUAAAGAACAGGUGCCAUUUGUUCUCCAAAACCUCCUAACUCUUCACUCCUCUAUUUCACAUUAAGCAAACCUCCCAUAUAUUUUAGUACAUCUAAUACAGUAGUUGCUUCUUUACAGUAUGUUUCAGUAUUACACAUUGUAGUUGACUUCAUAAUCAUGAUUUAUGACAGCAGUUAAGAUAUCUUUGGGGUGACUGAAUGGUCAGAUCUUUGUUUACUCUUACUAGCUUACUGUGAAUGCAUACGACAGACAUGGAGGUCAAAGCCUAAGAAUUUACCUGUAGCUCCCCAAAAUGAGCAGCUUUGGAAAUAAAACUAGUUUUAGCUAUAAAUUGUAUUAUGUUAAAAAUACACAUUCAUUUAUAAACAUCCGAAUUAAUCUUACCAAUAUACACAAGUAAAAGCCACACUGAGACCAAUUUUUUUUUUUUAUCUUUUUUUGUGGGGUGAUGGGCUGUUUCUUUGGGUUGGUUGGGUGGAUAUUUCAUAUUUAAUUUCAAAUACCUGGCCUUAGUAAUAACAAGUACUACGUGGUCUUGUUUAGCUGUGAUUUCUUUACACAAAAUUAUUUUUGUGCUAAAGACGAAUGCACUAACUUGAAAUAAUGUAUUUGAAUGUAAAAGUUGCUUUGCUGGACUUUGCUUCAUCAAAACAAAAUAUGCACACGGAACAGAUAAACCUCAGAAAAUGGGUCACAGAAAGAAGUGGGUGGGUUUGAAUGAGGAAUUCAAAUGUCACUAUGUUUAGCUAUUGCUGAGUUUAGUACUCGCUUACAAUAAUAUUCCAAAACGCUGGUUUGCAGAGUGCUGUUUUACGACUACUAAUAACACUACAGAUGUAAGGUUUUCUCUAAUAUGACUUGAAAUGCCAAAACAGAAAUCAAAACAAAUGGCGUUAACCUGUACAUACUAUUCAAGAUACGUUCUAUGGUCAUUGUAAUUUACUCUAAAAAGGUAACAAAGACUACAAAGAUACAGUACCUCUACAAUACCUGUUAGUUCAAAUAAAUCCUCAAAGUGCUGUACACCUUUUUGUCAUGUGAUGGAUUAAUUUGAUCAUAUGUUAUGUAUACGUAUCCAUCUUUUGCAUGUGACCUUAUUAGUUGUACGCCUGAAUGUAAUCGUUUAAUGAUCAGAAUUAAAACAAAACUAUUUUAAGAUAUAUUUGAACAAGCUAAUUGUCUCUAUGGUACUAAAAUAUGCAUAUUAUAGGGCUUAGCUUCUGUUUGCCCUGAGAUGUUGUUGAGAAGAUGCUGUGAUAUUUCCUUGUUCUUUGGCGCUGUAUGAAUCUUAGUUCUCUUAUUUCUUAGUGCAAUAUUCCACAUUCUGUAUUUAAAUGCUCAAAAGUAGAUUUCUGCUGAUUUACUGUAAAGGGAACCAUCCUGGUGAUCAUCAUUAAAAAACAUUUAGCAAAAUUUGGAAA